CCCUGACCAUUUGUUUUUAACUUUUUAUCAUUGAGUUCAGUUUGAGGGUUCCAAUUUUCAUUUUCAAUUUCAAAUUCGCGCGUAUAAGAAAGGUGAAGGUGGGUGUUACCGUAUUCUAUGGCUACACCCAACAACAACAACGCUACGCCAAAGCCCGGAACCUUAGGCGUCAGUGUAACCCCUACUCCGCCCAAGUCUCAACGCGGCCACAACAAGCCCAAGUGCAAACAGUGUGGCAAUGUCGCUCGUUCAAGGUGUCCCUAUGAAUGUUGCAAGAGAUGCUGUUCUAGAAAUCAAAAUCCUUGCCACAUCCAUGUGUUAAAAGCUAAUUCGACGUUUCCGGACAAGACACCCUCAUCCGGUACCUCUUCACAUGACCACCAGCCCUUAGAACCACCUCAAUCAACAAGUGCAGGAAGAGUUGCAUCACUUCGACAACUUUCUAAUAGUUUUGCUCAGUUCAAUAAUUUACACCUUUCACUGCGUUCGAAGAAGCCAUUGACUAGAAAGGAUGCUGUAGCUAUCAACGAAUGGAGAUUUGCCAAGUUACAGGAAUACAAGGAACGGAAUAUUGAAGUGGAAAAUGAAGCUUUUGACCGAUACAUGCAGAAUGUUGAUUUACUGGAAGAAGUAUUAGCUGUGAAGUCGUUGGAUGAUGAUGAUGUAUCCUCUGCUUUGGAUUCUAAUCCUAGUCCAAUGGAGAGCAAUGAGACAAUGAUCCCUGAGUUCAAAUUGCAGCUAAGAUCAAACUCUACGAGAAGUGAUGGUUUGAGAACGAGAAUACAACAAAUUGUAGAUGAGGGAUUAGAGAAGCUCGAGAAAAGUGCUGUAGAUGGUGACACGAAUGAAUCAAUUGAUGAUGAAGGUAAUCAAGCUUCAAAAAGGGGAAAGGGAAUUGACAUGGGAAUUGAAAUGGAAAGGUUAUCAGCUAUAAGUGAUCUUAUGGAUAAGAUUAAUAAAGCCCGAACUGUGGAGGAUUUAAAGUUGUGCUUAGAGAUGAAGUCCCAAAUCUUCAAUUUUCACGAAGGCUCUUGCUCGAUAGAUCUUAAAGACAAUGAAAUUAUUGAGAAUGAAACUGCUGAAAGUGAGGAGGUACCAGAUCUUAAAGAUUUGGAUUUUACUUUACCGAAAUAUGUUACCACCGCCGAAGUUGAUCAAGAAACUCUCAACAUGAUAGACAAACACUUUUGUACCUUUGCGGAUGUGGAGCACUUAUGAGGCCAGAUUUCUUAAACGUGGAGAUUUACCUUGAAGGACACAAAUAUAAAUGUUGUGUUCUAGGAAGAUGCCCUUUAAUUAAUGUUUUAAAAAUAAAUCUGCACACAUAAACCGGUUGAAGUGUGAACAGAUUAUAUUCAGUUUCUACGUUAUUCAUUUCAAUUGCGGAUUUGAUUUAUCAAAUCAUGACUUGAAAAGUUUGCUGUUUGAAUUUGGUGAACGUUAACAUCUCAUUCAAUUCUAAAGACAUCGGCUACAAUGUCAAGACUAUAGUAAUUGAAUAGAUGAGUAGUUUCCACUA